UAGAAAGGAGUUACGUUGACGAUAUGUUGGCAGGAAGCAGUUGACGGGAGAAGUGCGAAGCGUUUGGUGUGGAGUGCAGGCGAGGUUGUCAGAAUGGAUCAGCACGCAAGCGUCGAUACGUUGCUCUCCAGGGCGGAGGUCCCCAUCAUUGACCUUUCACACAUGGGUACCGUCGAUGUCCCCUGCAAGUCUACAGUGCGCAGAGUGGCUGCGCAGUUACACCGAGCACUGUCUGAGAAGGGACUGGCCCUGCUUGUGAAUCAUGGCAUCCCUGAGGACAAGAUCCGGGCGGUGUACAAUGCUUUCGAUAAAUUCUGCGAUCUACCGGAAGACGCAAGAAACACGUACCGAAGGAUUAGCCCCUGCAAUCACGGCUAUGUAUCGCCCGGAACAGAAAGAUUCUCAAGAGAACAUAUAGAGGAAAUGCGUCACACAUUCAACAUCUGUUGGUUAGACCGGAAAUUACCAGAAGCUGAAGUACAAGGAUUCCAGUCUGUGGUGACAUCAUUAGCACAAGAUUUCCAGAAGUUAGCAACUCUUCUUCUGCGAGUACUUGCUUCAAGUUUAGAUCUGCAAGCAGAAUACUUCCUACACUCACACAGCAACAUGUUUGAGGAGGGAAAUGAAUCCUGCAUGAGACUGCUUUACUACCCACCACUUGGGGCACCACCCACACCAGGAGUCACGCGAUGUGGGGAACACGCAGAUUAUGGCACAUUCACUUUGCUGGCUCAGGAUUGUGAAGGUGGCCUGGAGGUUCAGGCAAGUAACCACAGAUGGAGCCGUGUCGGACACCUGCCAGGGUCAAUCCUAAUUAACACAGGAGAGCUGUUGGCUUCUUGGACAAAUGCCACGUACCCUGCCCUGCGUCACCGUGUUGUGGUCCCUGAACAGCCAAAAAUCCGUUCUAAAGGACGACACAGUAUAGCUUUUUUUGUGCAUCCAGACAACAACACACCCAUCACUCCAAUACAGUGCCUGAUGACCAAGGCAGAGCAACCUUCACCUAACAGCUGCAGCGUGAAGAACAGAAAAUCUCACCAUGCAAAACACAAUACAAUCUACACAGCCUACCAACAUCUCCAAAUGCGGUUUCGGGAAACGUAUGCUUCUUAAUGAAUGGCAAGUGUUAUUAUGGAAAUAGAAACUCAGUGCACAUUUUUCAGGAAGGCACUUUCUUUAUACUGUAACAUUAUUUAAUCUGUAUUUGUGUGCAUUCUAAAAAUAAAAGACGAAACACAAUGAAGAGGUUUAUAACUUGUAAUCUAAUGCUCAUAAAGUGAUUAAAUCACGGGUAAAUUGUGAAAUGCAUGAAACUUGCUUGCAAGACCUCGAGGGAUGUGAUCUCUUGGGAGUGGAAUAACUAUGUGCAGACUGAAGGAUAAUACUAAAAUGGAUCUUACAGAAAUAGGUUAUGAAAAUUUGAACUGAAGUUUCUAAAGGCUAUCUCUGUGAGCAUAGCAGUGAACCUCUGCAUUGCAUAAAAGAAGGGAAUUUCCUGAGCAGAUAAAUUACUGCUGAAUGAUGAGGAGAGACAUUGUACUACUCAGUCAGAGAGUUCCAACAUUAUAUGAAAACGUAAAGCUGACAAAUUCCUUGCUACAACUUGUUCUACAUGUAUAAAAGCACAACAUCGUGAAGGCAUAAAGCAGGUACUGGAGGUAAAGCUCCAUACAUAUCUAAUAUUUGUGUAUGGUACAUGAAUCAUGGGCUUCUAUUAUCAUAAUAUCCACUGAACAGGGGCUCAGUGGGCAUCAGAGACAUUCUGGAUAUAGUAACAGUGAAGAGGAGAAUGUGAAGUCCCCAAUUAUAAUUGAACUGUGACCAUUACAACCAAAACCCACCACUCUGCUAUGUUUAGGCAUGGGAGGAACUUUACCACACCCACUGUAUGAGGUUGCUGUCUCUCCAGUAAUGUGCUCUUUAUAACACACCAGAUGGCGAGAGUGCAAGUAGGCACUAAUCCUGUAUAGAAAAAUAACUUAAUUUUGUUUGAUGUAAAGGUUGAGAAAAUAAAUAGAAGAAAGACAA